UGUAGAACCAUUAGCUGAUUAAGCAAGCAGAUUAAGCAGACAUCCGCCUUGAAUAUCUCCUCCGUUAAUUAGCUACGCUUGGAGUUCGUACUUGAACCAUAUUUCCUUCUCCUCUCGUAUUGUGAAUCUAGAAAAAAAAAAGAGCCAGGUGAUCGAGCGAGGUGAGGCAAUGGGAGGCACCCUGCGGUUCCUGUCGGAUGUGCUGCUAGGUGGGAACAGCCAUGGGCGGCACAACAAGAAGCGGAGGCAGUUCAACACGGUGGAGCUCAAGGUGAAGAUAGACUGCGACGGCUGCGAGCUCAAGAUCCGGAACAUCCUCGCCAACAUGAAAGGUGUUCAGUCGGUGGAGGUCAACCGGAAGCAGCACAAGGUGACGGUGAAGGGGUUCGUGGAGCCGCAGCGUGUGCUGAGGAGAGUCCAGUCCACGGGGAAGUGGGUCGAGCUCUGGCCGUACGUGCCUUACACGAACCCCUACAUGGCGCCGGUGUACGACAAGCGGGCUCCCGCCGGCCACGUCCGCAAGGUGGAAGGGGUCAUGCCGGUCUCCACCGGCCAGGAGGAGCGCCUCGCCACGCUCUUCAGCGAGGACAACCCAAACGCCUGCUCCCUCAUGUAGACAGUAGGCAUGCAAGUCUCACUCGCCGAAAGACCCUUUGUGCUUCUUCUUCCUUUUUCGGGGGUGAUGGUACCAAAAGAUCAUUUGCUGAACUUUCUCCACCGACAGACUAAAAUAGACCACUAGUAGAAUUAUUACCGCACCUGAGCAGCGGAAAACUCGUCAACGAUGAUUGUAACAAAAUACUCAUAUUUAAUUUCAAAAUUACGGUUGCA